AUGUCGGAUUCCUUCACCCUACCUCUUCGAUCCGUCUUGGAGCGACAAGGCAAUCCCGACACCUUGCCAGUCGAAAUCGCCCAGAUAGCCGAGCAUUGGGGUUCCUUCCGAGAUGUCAACGAGGAGAUUCUCCACGCCAAAAUAAAGGAAGAAAGGGAGGACGAUGGGAUACAAGAUUCCGAACAUGAUGAUCAAGAAACGAGCGACCUCGACACCACAGAGCGCAUUGAACAAUUAUACAAGAAGCGAAACGAAAUCACCCAAUUCGCCGUACAAUCGCAUAUGGAAGCUUUGUUCGCUCUUGAUUUCAUUUCCCUCCUCCUAUCGAAAAACGCCCCACGCCAAGCUGAAACCUCUAUCUCCGCAUACUUGAAACAAGUCGCACCUCUUGGCUCCCUUGAUGCUGAGGCAGUCAACCCACCUCCGAAGUCAGAAUCGGCUACAAAGGAUAUAUCGACCGUGUCAAGGGGAUGGAGGAUUCAAAACUUCAAUUCGGCAUCGAGCAAACUCUUGAAGGCUGCCUCCAGACUUGAGACGGAGGUCACAUCAGAGACCCGGUAUUGGAACGAGGUAUUAGCAGUCAAGGACAAAGGGUGGAAGAUUUGCCGGUUGCCGCACGAGAGACAAGCACUGGGUGUGCAAUAUGGGUUCCUGGAAGCUACACCUGUCUUUCGCGACCGUGGUCUGGCUUCCUUACGGCGGUCAGAGGAUGGAAGUUUAAUCUUGGAUAAGGGUCUGAUUCCUUCCGGAGUUCGAUUUGUUCGAGUACGUGUGAGGCAAGGAUCACUCAUCACGAGCAGUACUAAUCCACGGGCUACAACAUCUGAUAACGCGGAAUCGGUUGAGCAACGUAUUCUGCAAGCGCGGGACUCGGUCUUCGAGGAAGAACUGUUCCAUGAAUUAGUUCGUGAAGCUCGAUCCAUGGCUAGCUGUGGCGUGACGACCCGUCAAAACCUCAUUCAAGUCCCUGCAUCCGACGAUACGGAAAUCUUAUUGGAUUUGGUAGAUGCGAAUGAUGAGAGUCUCGAGGCCGACCAGAACUCUACAGAAGCAGAUAGGCUUCUUGCGGACGGCUUAGCGCACUCCAUGCGCAUUCUUCUUGCUUUCGCUCAUCGCCAGAAUCUACGUCGUCGCACGCAAGUACCGCCACCACUGACCUCUAAGAAGCGGCCGACUCCAGAAUAUCACCUCCUUCGCCCCGCUCUUGCUUACUUCCAACAUCUUGUGCAACUCUGCUUGUUGAACUCAUUUCUCCAAGAUAUAACGUCUGUUUUCCGUUUAUCUGGAUUGGAGCUUCCCGAAUCGGAUAUCAAUGCAUUCACUAACAAAACCUCCCUCCGUCCUUCUCCUUCAACACCUACAGUUGAAGCACUUGUUCAAAAGUUCCUCAUGCCAGUCGAAUCGGUGUUUCAAGUGAACCUCAAGAGUCACAAUUCUUUCAAGAUUACAAUCCGAACCAAUCUAUCUGCCCCGCCAUUCGGAACUUAUUAUGAUGUGUCCUUCAACUUCCCAUCCUUCUCUGAUCUCAAGUCUCCAGGCCCCAUUGGCUUGAGGGAUGAGGUUGAAUCUGCGAUCACUCAUGCCUUGCUACUAGAAGUUAUUUCCCGCAUUUCCUCUGCGGAUCUACCAACGGGGGGAAAGAGUCCAGAUGGUGUCUCCAAAUCAUGGAACGCAAUUUAUCCUCACCUUGGCGAACUGUUACUCUCUGGUAGCAGCAGCAGCUCCUCAAAAUACAAGAAGAUGAAGGUCAACCUGUCUCGCCAUGACCUCUCCCUUUCAACUUACUUUGUGCGCGGUGUGGACGGUUUUGGACGUGGAACUGGAGAGCAACGGUCUCAUUCCGAGUCAAAUACAUGGAACUCGCCCCGACGGUCCACAGAAAGUGCAAAUGGCCAUACUUCCAUGAUGGAAUUUGUCAUAGCUGAAGGCACAAAUUGA